GAAGAAGAAGAAGAAGAAGAAGAAGAAGAAGAAGAAGAAGAAAACCCGCGUGUGCGGGUUUGUUGUUGCUGGAGCCAACAUGGCGGCUCCUCUGGAGGUGGUAGUGACCAGUGACUCCGGCUCUCAGCUGUGGAACAGCACCGUGUUCGACCUCUACAGCGGCUCCAGCCUGCUCUCAUACCGGGGAGGGAACAGCUCGGCCCGGACUCUGUCGCUGCUCCGCGGGGAGUUCCUGCUCUCCGCCCAGCUCGGAAAGAACUUCAUCAACGUCUGGGAGAUCCAGAGGAAGGAUCAGCUGCAGCAAAAGAUUGUGUGUCCAGGUGUGGUCACCUGUGUGACGGCUUCACCUGACGGACUCUUCCUCGCUGCUGGAGUCGCGGAGGCCAUUUACCUGUGGGAGGUGUGCACAGGUAAACUGCUGUCUGUCCUCAGUCGUCACUAUCAGGACGUCACCUGUCUGAAGUUCACUGACGACAGCAGCCAUUUUAUUUCUGGAGGAAAAGACAACCUGGCUCUGGUGUGGAGUCUGUGCAGUGUGAUACAGCUGGAUUUAAACCACACCCCAGAUCCCCGUCAUGUCCUGUCUCGUCACUCUCUACCAAUCACCGACCUGCACUGCGGCCUGAUGGGAGCUCAGGCCAGAGUCGCCACAGCCUCCUUAGAUCAGACUGUCAAGAACAGUCUCCUCAGGAACUUGGUGACAUGUCUGUCUGUGUCGAUGGAUGGGACACUCCUCGCCUCUGGGUCACAUGAUGAGACUGUCAGACUCUGGGAUGUUCAGAGUAAACAGAGCAUCCGCUGCCUUGCCCACAAAGGUCCAGUGACCAAUGUCUUCAUCACGGCGGCUCCAGCGAAUAUGUUCCUGCCCGACAGUCGACCCGUUGUUCCUCUGCCGCGCUUCAGCCGACACCUGCAUGCUUCCGAGGGCGAUGGUGGGGAAUCAGGAGACGUUUGUGUCCGACUCGCUCCCUGCACACAGGAAGAGGAAGAGACAUACCUGCAGAAAGCUGAUAGGCUGAGCUCACUGAUGAAUGCUGUGACUGACAAGUCGGUGUUCGGUGAUGGAGAAAACACAAAGGUUCGUGUUGCAGAGUUGGAAGAAGAAGUUCAGACUCUGAAGAAAAUCAACAAAGAUCUUUACGACUUCUCGAGUCAACUCAUCACAAAACCAACAUAAAAUCACACAGAAGCUCUUUUCAGAAUUGUUUUCUUCAUCCUGAGAUUUUUUUUAAAAUUAGUAUUUCUUUGUCUGAUGCGUGUUAGUAGCGUCAUCAACCCCCCCACUCGCUGUGGUCAAUCCAGCAAGGGAUCCCCUGAUGUGUUCGCACAUUGACUCUGGAUUUUCGGCAGAGUUCAUACUAGGGGGCCAGAACAUAAACAUAAUGUCUGGAGGCUCUCAAUUCACCUCCUCCAGAGAAACAAAGUUCAGGGCAGGUCUGGAAGCACAUUUCAACACACACAUAUGCACACACGUCAUUGUCUGUUUCAAAAUAAAAGCCCCCUUUUUAACUUC